ACCCCCCUUUCUGCCCUAGGGAAACCAUUGUACCUGCACAUCGGGGAGGAGAUCGACGGUGUGGACAUGCGAGCUGAGGUCGGACUCCUGACCCGGAACAUCGUGGUGAUGGGGGAGAUGGAGGACAGCUGUUACCCCUACAGCAGCCACAUCUGCAGCUUCUUUGACUUCGACACUUUCGGGGGCCACAUCAAGUUUGCCCUGGGCUUUAAGGCAGCGCACCUGGAGGGCGUGGAGCUGAAGCACAUGGGGCAGCAGCUGGUGGGGCAGUACCCCAUUCACUUCCACCUGGCAGGCGACGUGGACGAGAAGGGAGGCUACGACCCGCCCACAUACGUCCGCGAGCUCUCCAUCCACCACACCUUCUCUCGCUGUGUCACCGUGCACGGCUCCAAUGGCUUGUUGGUCAAGGACGUGGUGGGCUAUAACUCUCUGGGCCACUGCUUCUUCACGGAAGACGGGCCAGAGGAACGGAACACCUUUGACCACUGCCUCGGCCUCCUCGUCAAGUCUGGAACCCUCCUCCCCUCCGACCGCGAUAGCAAGAUGUGUAAGACCAUCACAGAAGACUCCUACCCGGGGUACAUCCCCAAGCCCAGGCAGGACUGCAAUGCAGUGUCCACCUUCUGGAUGGCCAACCCCAACAACAACCUCGUUAACUGUGCGGCCGCGGGGUCCGAGGAAACCGGGUUCUGGUUCAUCUUCCACCACGUGCCGACGGGCCCCUCGGCGGGAAUGUACUCCCCAGGCUAUUCAGAGCACAUUCCACUGGGGAAAUUCCAUAAUAACCGAGCACAUUCCAACUACCGGGCUGGCAUGAUCAUAGACAACGGGGUCAAGACUACCGAGGCUUCCGCCAAGGACAAGAGGCCCUUCCUCUCUAUCAUCUCUGCCAGGUACAGCCCUCACCAGGACGCCGACCCGCUAAAGCCCCGGGAGCCCGCCAUCAUCAGACAUUUCACCGCCUACAAGAACCAGGACCAUGGGGCCUGGCUGCGUGGUGGGGACGUGUGGCUGGACAGCUGUCGGUUUGCUGACAAUGGCAUCGGCCUGACCCUGGCCAGCGGUGGGACCUUCCCGUAUGACGAGGGCUCCAAGCAGGAGAUAAAGAACAGCCUGUUUGUUGGCGAGAGUGGCAACGUGGGGACGGAGACGAUGGACAACAGGAUCUGGGGCCCCGGCGGCCUGGACCACAGUGGGAGGACCCUCCCUAUAGGCCAGAAUUUUCCAAUCCGAGGAAUUCAGUUCUAUGAUGGCCCCAUCAACGUCCAGAACUGCACUUUCCGCAAGUUCGCGGCCCUGGAGGGCCGGCACACUAGCGCCCUGGCCUUCCGGCUGAACAACGCCUGGCAGAGCUGCCCCCACAACAACGUGACCAACAUUGCCUUUGAGGACGUCCCGAUUACUUCCAGAGUGUUCUUCGGAGAGCCCGGGCCCUGGUUCAACCAGCUGGACAUGGACGGGGAUAAGACGUCGCUGUUCCAUGACGUCGACGGCUCUGUGUCCGAGUACCCGGGGUCCUACCUCACCAAGGACGACAACUGGCUGGUCCGGCACCCGGACUGCAUCAACGUCCCCGACUGGAGAGGGGCCAUCUGCAGCGGCCGCUACGCACAGAUGUACAUUCAGGCCUACAAGACCAGCAACCUACGGAUGAAAAUCAUCAAGAAUGAGUUCCCCAACCGUCCUCUCUACUUGGAGGGGGCCCUGACCCGCAGCACCCACUACCAGCAGUACCAGCCCGUCGUCACGCUGCAGAAAGGCUACACCGUCCACUGGGACCAGACGGCCCCCGCCGAGCUCACCGUCUGGCUCAUCAACUUCAACAAGGGCGACUGGAUCCGAGUGGGGCUCUGCUACCCCCGAGGCACCACGUUCUCCAUCCUCUCGGACGUGCACGACCGCCUGCUGAAGCACACGUCCAAGACGGGCACCUUCGUGCGGAGCCUACAGAUGGACAAGCUGGGGCAGAGUCUUCCGGGCAGGAGCCAUUACUACUGGGAUGAGGACUCAGGGCUGCUGUUCCUGAAGCUGAAGGCCCACAACGAGAGAGAGCGGUUCGCCUUCUGCUCCGUGAAAGGCUGCGAGAGAAUCAAGAUUAAGGCUCUGAUCCCGAAGAACGCGGGCGUCAGCGACUGCACAGCCACCGCCUACCCCAGGUUCGCCGAGAGGCCUGUGGUGGACGUGCCCAUGCCCAGGAAGCUCCUGGGUGCCCAGCUGAAGACGAAGGACCACUUCUUGGAGGUGAAGAUGGAAAGUUCCAGGCAGCGAUUCUUUCACCUCAUGAACGACUUUGCGUACAUUGAAGUGGACGGGACGAAGUACCCCAGCGCGGAGGACGGCAUCCAGGUGGUGGCGAUCGACGGCAGCCAGGGGCACGUGCUCAGCGACACGAGCUUCCGGCACGCCAUUCUGCAGGGUAUCCCGUGGCAGCUGUUGGAGCACAUGGCAGCCAUCCCCGACAACUCCAUCGUGCUCAUGGUGUCCAAGGGAAGAUACACCUCCAGGGGCACCUGGACCAGAGUGCUGGAAAACCUCGGGGCCGAUAAGAGCAUCAAGUUGAAAGAGAAGAUGGCAUUCGUUGGCUUCAAAGGGAGCUUCCGGCCCACCUGGGUGACUCUGGACACGGAUGACGACAAGGCCAAAAUCUUCCAAGCGGUGCCGAUCCCCGUGGUGCAGAAGCAGCAGCUGUGAGCAGGCCUGUCCCUGGCGCCGCCCGCGGUGCGCAGGGAGGCGGACGCUGGCAGUGGACCCGGACGGGGACCUGGGCGGGGCGGCUGGCUCCCCGGCCCCUGGCACCAUUGGUGUCAGCCCCGAUGGGCCGAGGGAAGGCUAUCAGAGAUGCCUGGUGCUGCCCCGCUCCCGCCCCCACUCAAGCGUCUACCUGCAGCCCUGGGGGCGGAGCUGCCCACACUGGAGACCUCCUCUUCCCUGCAGCCUCCUGGGUGCUUCUCUCCUGUCUGUGCCUCUGCAGGGGUGGGGUGGGGGUCAUACAAGGAGCCCCGAGCCGUGCUGGCGAUAGGGUCUGCUUCAGGCAGGAGCCCCCAUCCAGCCAUUUGCAGAUCCCUGUGCUCUUCAGCACGCACGGCAGGGGGGUGGAGCCAGGAAAAGAGACGGGUCUUCAGGAAAUCUUUGUUCCUGCAGGCAAGCACCAGCCUGCAUGGGGUUAGGAGCCGGAGUGUAGACGCGCUCGCCGAGGCGGGACCGGCUCCCCUCGGGGAAGGGGCGAGCCCUGCCUCUGGAGGGGUUCAACCUUUCUGGAGACUUCAGGUCCUGGGAGGGGGACAGAACUAGAUGACUUCUAGAGGCCCUUUCUAUUGUGAGAUUGCAGAAGUCUGUGGCUUUUCGUACCGCAUGCAGAACCCAGCCGAAGACAAGGGGAGUCUUUCCGGCCAGUGCCUGUGACGCAGGGUGCCCUGGGGCAACCAGGGUGGGGGCGGUGAGAAGCCAGGCCUGGAGUCAGGGGCUUGCAGGCCGGGGGGACAGGUGGUCAGGUACACGCACCCUCCGAUGCCAGGUAGAGACUGUGACGGGGGGAGAUGAAGAGCCACGCAGGUUCCUCUGGAGGGAAGGAUCCCACAAGCUUGGGUGGGUCAGGAAGCUUCCCCCAGGAGGAGGAAUGGGGCCUGCAGGAAGGAAAGGCAGGACAUCUGGGUGGGCAGAGUAGUUUGGAGGGACUGCCCUUCCUGCCCCCAUCUGCCUGAAGCUGGUGACUGCAAGGUCGCCCUCCACGUGACGCUUGCUGGCCCACUCAUCACGGCCAAACAUGCGGGGGCUGGGUAGGUUCAUAACGCCCGCCGUGGGAAGCACUUCAGUCCCCAGCCAGGCGCCCUCUAACCUGGACAGGCAUGGAGCUAGGUCGAGAGAAGUAAGCUCCUAUUUGGGGCCUCAUGUGUUCUUUGAAUGGGCUCACCCCUCGAUGAGCCCAGGGUUUCAGGGCUGGAAAGGACCUUGAUGCUGAUCUAGUCCCAAACCCCCAUUUUACAGAUGGGGCAUGUGGACCCUGACAUGGGGAGGAACCACACAGCCAGGCCGGGGGGGGCGGGCCGGCAGUCCCAUGCCCAGCCCCUGCUGCCAUGCCACAUUGCCUCAACGAUGGGACCCAGGGUGCCUUGCACUCCCGAGGGAGCUCGCCAAAUGGGGCCAAGCCCCCCGGAAGGGAAAACUCAGAAUAGAGAGAACCGACUAAUGGCGGUUCCCUCCUGGCCUUCUGUGCACACGGGGCUGCCCUCCCUCAGGCUGGAGGCGGCCCUGCAGCCUCCACGGUGUUCAAAGUACCUGCCGUCCCUCGAGAGGGCUCACAACAGCCACGGCCCUUCCACUGGUGCCCCCUGGUCUGCAGGCCUGCAGAUGUGGCCCAGGGGACAGCGCCGGGGCACACCACCAUGCUUCUGGUGAGCCAGCGUGGCCGCUCUAGGGGAUCUGCUGAGCUGCGGGGCCCAGCGCAGGCCCUCCAGCUACUGCCCACCACCCCGCAAAACUCGGGGAAGGAGGAAAGCUCCCUGUCGCUGCUGAGGUCCCCGGGUCACCGGGCGGGGGGGACGGGACACAAGGAGCUGCGUUUUCCCCUUUCCUGCACCAACCACAAACCCUUUCUUCCAAGAGGGCCUUCUUGGCUCCCUGUGCCUGGCCGCAUCCAUGACACUCGGGCAGAAGGGCCCCUCCCCAGGCUGGGCCAACACCUCACAGUUCUCCCAGUGGCUAGGAGGUGGCGGCGGGACGUGGCAGCUGCCCAGGCCCUGAUCCCGGGCGGGCCUCUUGCGGGCAGCUGCGUGGCCCUGCAGUGGCGGCCGAGAUGACCUCACAUUCUCGGCUACGGUUCUACGGGGUUUUGAGACUCUGGCAAUGCAAAGGGUGUCACACUGUGAACCACUUAGGAUGUGAUCACUUUGGGUGGCCAGAAACGUGGACUGUUUUUGGUUCACUUUCCAAAAUGAUCUAUUUGAAAAUCCUCAGAGUUGUACAUAUGUCUAAAAGUGCAGGAUUGCACACUUUCUCUCCACCACCUGCCACAGCCGGUGGCCGGGCAUGUGCUUGGUGGCAUGGAUUGUCUUGUGGCUUGGAAAAUUUUUCCUAUGGUUCUUUCUGUCCGUCAGUGUUCACAUGAGUUGGGCCUUUAGGGUAAACGACACUCCUCUGAAAUGUUUGUCUCCUUCCUGUUGCCGAAAUAGCGGGUCCUUUUUCGGGAAUUCGAUGUAUAGUGUGUUUUGUAUGUAAACGUUUCUUAGAGGUGCCACCAUGAACAAAGAUGUAUUUUCUAUUUAUUUAUUAUAUAUGCACUUGGAGACGUCGUUGUCAGAGAAAUGAACUGUCUUCAAUCAAUGUUGUGUGUGGGGAGUGUACCCAGAGCCGUCUGCCGGCAGCAGAGGACCUUGGCUCUGGUGUGGAAAAUCUUGCUGUACCAUAGUAAACA